ACGAAAUGGAGAAAAAUAGUAACAGCAAUAACAACAACAAUACUAAUAAUAAUAAUAAUAGUAGUGGAAGUAGUAACAAUUCAAGCAACGGAAACCCUACUUACAGAGAUUUCAAAUCUCUUCAAAUGUCUAAUGUGAUACAGGAUAUACCAAUAGAUUACAAUACUUCGCAAAAUAGGAACUAUCAACAUCAUCAUCAUCAACAACAACAACAACAACAGCAGCAGCAGCAACAACAACAGCAGCAACAACAACAACAGGGUGAGUAUUUCCCAGCGAUGGAAAUACAACAGAAUUAUGAAAAUUAUAAGAAGGAACAACAGAGGCCACCAUCUGUCAGAGAUGAUGAUAGAAGAAUGUCUUGGGAUUAUCUUGACAAACAAAACGAUCAACAGAGAGAUUACUCGAGAACGAGAAACGAGUAUCAGGAGACGAUAAAGCAAGAGCCAAAGGACCAAUUGAGUCAAGAGUGGGUGUCACUCGUACCGGAAGUCGAAGUUGGUGGUUCAGCUCCUGGUGGGCCUCAAGUUCGAGCACGGAAAGAUAUACCAAGGGGUACCAGAUUUGGUCCUUUUUCCUGCAAGUGGGUGAGCGAGCCUUUCAAUCCACGUUACGCAUGGGAGGUUAGAAUAGUUGGAAGCGGAUCGAAGGGAUGGUUGGAUGCUUCUCAUGAAAGUAGAAAUUGGUUAAAAUAUAUUCGCAGUACUGCCAGUCCCCAUUUGGUCAAUUUGAAACACAUUCUCAUUGGUGGCGAGAUUAUUUACGAGGCCAUUCGGGACAUCGCUAUUGGCGAAGAACUAUUUCUAGGACUUCGUGAACCACUCCAAUUGCAGGACAUCCUAGGUGAAAAUAUACCAGAAGAUAGAAGCGACAGAGAAACUGCUUCACAACACAGUGGCACGGUAGAUGAAGAUCGAGAAGACGAAGAGGAAUCUGAAACUAGAUGCACAGUCUGUGACAAACCUUUUCAAGAAAUUGACUUAUUAGACGAACAUCUGGUGACUUGUCAUAGAUAUCCAGCUAAACAACAUCAGUGCAGUGAUUGUCCUCGUGGUUACGCUUGGCGUGGACUUUUAGUACGUCAUCGUGCGAUCGUUCAUGGUGAUCGUAGGAAUUAUCCAUGCGAAAAUUGUCCUAGGUCGAACACCCGGCAGGUAUUUACGGACCCGUCUAAUCUUCAACGUCACAUCCGUUCGAAUCACGUCGGUGCUAGGAGUCACGCGUGCACCGAGUGCGGCAAAACAUUUGCCACCAGUUCGGGAUUGAAACAACACACACAUAUUCACAGCAGCGUUAAACCAUUCCAGUGCGAGGUUUGUUUCAAGGCGUACACGCAGUUCUCAAAUCUCUGCCGACACAAGCGUAUGCACGCGGAUUGUCGUAUGCAAAUAAAGUGCGUCAAAUGUGGCCAAUCAUUCAGCACAGUAACGUCAUUGUCGAAGCAUAAACGUUUCUGCGAUUCAUCAACACCGACCGGUCCACCAGGAACGAUGCCACAACUACCGUCAUCGGCACCUAGUCCAUUCCUCGUUUAUCCAAGACCACCGGUCAGUUUACCAGGUGGUUUACCAUUCUAUCCGCCUAGUCUGAUGGCACCUUAUCCUGGUAUAUUUUCAAAUGCUCCUAAUUUUCUCAAUUCACCAUUAAUAUUUCCACCCAAACUCGAGGAAGCAGAUAAACUUACUAGAAGUGAGAGUCCAAGAAAGGAACGUUUCACACCACCACGAAUUCAUUCACAACACAGUAAAAUUUCACCGUCGGCUGGCGAGGAAGCAACGUCAUUGUUCAGGCCGUCACCGGCUAGACCACUCGUUCAACAACAACAACAACCACAACAACAACAACAACCCACCUCGGAAUCCGAAGAGGAUCAAAGCAAACGUCGUGACAACAUUGGAAAAAGUAACGAGAAGAAAAUGGAAAUCGAAACCUCGACCAAUGCGUCCUCGACGGAAGAAUCUACCGAUCAGCCAUUGGAUCUGAGGGUGCAAACGAAAAAACAGGACAUUUUUAUCGACGAUAAAAUGAGUGUAAGUCAAUCCUCGACACCGGUUCCUAUUGAGGAACCUCCACCAUUACCACCACCACCUAUAGAUCCACCCAGAACUGAGGAAGAUAAUGUUGUACCAGUACCACCACAAAUGGCUGUUAUAGAACCAAAAGACGUGCCGAGUAGUCCGCGACUGAGAACAAGUCUUUCUACGGAUCAACCACCAACGAACACCCCUCCACACAUGGCCUAUCCAAGACCGUACCAUCCGAUGAUUCUGGAAGCCAUGAUACAAUACCGUUCACCUGGAAACACUUUCCCUUCGUUCCCAGGUGGACCUCCAACGGCAGGAGGUGCUACGGCAGAGUCGAGAUUGUUACCACCUCUUCCACCGUUCGUGCCACCACCUCGUGGACUUCCUUUUUUAGGGACAUACAUGAACGGGCUCAGCGGCGCCAGGCCAGGUGGGGGAUUCGACCUGCUAGCCAGGCCACCGAUGGGUGCGUUCCCUGGUGUGAAACCAUUUCAAGAUGCCGUGAUGCCACCCCAUCAUCAUCAUCACCAUCAUCAUCAUCACGCCCACGGUAAAAUCAAGGAUAGAUAUUCUUGUAAAUUUUGCGGCAAAGUAUUCCCACGAUCGGCAAAUUUAACCAGGCAUUUACGUACGCAUACUGGCGAACAACCCUACAAAUGCAAAUAUUGCGAAAGAUCGUUCAGCAUAUCGAGUAAUCUUCAACGACACGUUAGAAAUAUACACGAUAAGCAACGACCUUUUAAAUGUGUACUAUGCGAAAGAUGUUUCGGUCAACAAACUAAUUUGGAUAGACACUUGAAGAAACACGAAGCUGACGAUGGUAGCGGUGUAGUUGCAGUUGCCGAUUCACCUGGUAGCAGUAACGAAAAUGAACGUGAAGAUACUUAUUUCGACGAGAUUAGAACGUUUAUGGGUAAAGUUACAUACAAUGGUGAGCCCCCCUACCAUUUACAACCGCAUCCAUAUUUGUCCGGACGAACUCACGAAAUAAACGAAUCCAAAAUGGAAAUUGAAUACGACGAUGACGAGGAUAGCGAAGAGGGUGCUUCGCCAUUGGAAGAAACUGAUAAUCUUUCUCCAUUGGAAACCAAGGAUUCGCCAUCCCCAUCUCAAUACGAUCUUAAAUUGAGGGACAAACAGGAAUUAUUAAACAAUAAUACGGCAGAACCAGUCAUUGAAAUCUCCACAUAACCGAAAGAUGAUACCUUUGACUGAUAUUUAACAUUUCUAGCUGGUUACUGGGCUUAUCAUUUUCAAUCCAAUUAUCAUGGAUCAUCGCACGAAACUUCGAUACUUGUGUCAUCUUGAAGAGAAAAAAAGAAGGAAGAAAAAGAAGAAUUCGACAUGUAUAAGGAUUCAUUCAUACGUUUAUUUGUUAUAAUUAGAUGAACGAUCGAACUAAUUAAUAU